AUGUUAAGCACUUCUUUCUUUCUUUCUUUCUUUCUUUCUUUCUUUCUUUCUUUCUUUCUUUCUUUCCUGCCUUUCUUUCUUUUCUUUCAUCUCUAUUUUCUCUUUCUUUCUUUCUUUCUUUCAUCUCUAUUUUCUCUUUCUUUCUUUCUUUCUUUCUUUCUUUCUUUCUUUCUUUCUUUCUUUCUUUCCUUUCUUUCUUUCUUUCUUUCCUGUCUUUUUUCAUCUCUAUUUUCUCUUUCUUUCUUUCUUUCUUUCUUUCUUUCUUUCUUUCUUUCUUUCUUUCUUUCUUUCUUUCUUUUCAUCUCUAUUUUCUAUUUCUUUCUUUCUUUUUUCUUUCUUUUCUUCUUUCUUUCCUGCCUUUCUUUCAUUUCUUUCUUUCUUUCUUUCUUUCUUUCUUUCUUUCUUUCUUUCUUUCUUUCUUUCUUUCUUUCCUGUCUUUUUUUCAUCUCUAUUUUCUCUUUCUUUCUUUCUUUUUUUCUUUCAUCUCUAUUUUCUAUUUCUUUCUUUCUUUUUCUUUCUUUUCUUCUUUCUUUCCUGCCUUUCUUUAUUUUCUUUCAUCUCUAUUUUCUCUUUCUUUCUUUCUUUCUUUCUUUCUUUCUUUCUUUCUUUCUUUCUUCUCUAUUUUCUCUUUCUUUCUUUCUUUCUUUUUUCUCUUCUUGUCUUUCGUUCAUUUCUUUCUUCAUUUCUUCCUUCUUUUUUUCUUUCUUUCUUUUUUUCAUUUUUCCCCUCUUUUUCUUUUUUUUUCUUUCUUCUCUUUCUUUCUUUUCCCGUUGUUUCUUUCUUUCACUGAAACCAACUCCUGUCUAUACUUUUCUCACCUCCAUUUUUCUUUCUUUUUGCCUUAACAAUUCGUCUACUUUGUUCUUGUUUUUGUCUGUCUCCCCCCCCCCAUAUCUGUCCCUACCAUUCACUCCCACCACACACCUACAAACUCAUUUCAUCAGUUCAGAGAGAUUCACACAAACGCAUCCCCGGGCAAUAUCUAUCUCUCUAUCUAUCUAUCUAUCUAUCUAUCUAUCUAUCUAUCUAUGUCGAUCUCUCUCUAUCUCGCUAUCAAUCUCAAAUCUCUCUAUCAGUAUCUAUCAAUCUCAAUCUCUCUAUCAAUAUCUCUCUUACUAUCAAUCUCUCUCUAUCUGUCUCUCUCAAUAUCUAUCCCAUUCUCUAUCAAUCUCGAUGCCUCUCUACCAGUCUCUACCUCUCUCGAUAUCUAUCUAUCUCUCUAUCUAUCUAUCUAUCUAUCUAUCUAUCUAUCUAUGUCUCUCGAUCAAUCCGCAUCAGUCUCUACCUCUCUCGAUAUCUAUCUAUCUAUCUAUGUCUCUCUAUCAAUCUCCAUCAAUCUCUUUCUCUACUUCAAUCUCUCUAUCUCUCACUAUCAAUCUCUCUCAAUCAAUUCUCCAUCCAUCAGCCUGUAUAUCUAUCUCUAUCUAUCUCUCUAUCUCUACCUAUUUCUUCAUCUAUUUCUCUGUAUUUUAA